CUUCGGUGAAUGGUGUGCAUCAUCACCUGCAGCAGUGCACAUUAGGUGUUCGCGCGGUUCGCCUUCGUCUCAAGCUAAACGUAAACCUGGCUCUGCUCUCUCAUCCAUCACAUUGUUUAACGACCCUUUUCUUUCUAUUUCUGUAUUCUCCCAUCGUACUUCCGACUAAGUCGUCGUCGUUGUUCAUGCAGUAUGGCAUAACGGCUUUGGCAUCAACAUCUCUUUUGUUUCUGCAUUAUGCUUGCUAGGCAGGACCUUGUAGCAGUUUCUCGUUUCAUUGACUUUCAUUGACCUGGUGUCGAUUUCCUUUUCUUGUAUAAUUCAAUCGCUUGUCCUUGGGGUGCUUUCUACGAUAUCGGGGUUCCUUACGAUCACGACUUAAUGGCUUCGCCUGCUGGCUUUCGAGUCAAUACAGUCACGCUUGCUUUCACGGUUCUUGCGGGACUGGUUGUCUUUUUUCGUCUAAUUACAAGAACUGCAAUAGAAAAGAGGUUAAACCUCGAAGAUGGUUUGAUAGGAUUGUCAUUGGCUUUGUCCAUAGGCCUUGCCGUCACAAUAGGUGAACAAGUUCGCAAUGGUCUAGGAUGGCACACGAAAGAUGUUGACGACGAAGUCCUAAUGGCUACAUUAAAGGCGUUAUGGGCAGGCAUGUGGAUGUACAAUCUAUCGUUAACCACGACGAAGGUGGCGAUUCUAAUCCAGUACCUCCGCAUCUUUCCAACUCGUCGCUUCCGUCUCUUGUGUAGUGUCGUCCUGGGCUUUGUCACAGCCUAUGGUGUGUGGACUCUUUUCGGAAGUAUCUUCCUCUGUACCCCAGUCCACUUCUUCUGGGACAGAAGCCUUCCAGAUGGAAAAUGUUUGGAUCAGUUCACCAUCUGGUUCAUUAACGCUGGUGUCAACAUUGCUCAGGGCCUCAUCAUUCUCUGCAUGCCAGUGCCUCUUCUUGGCCGACUGAACCUUUCAAGUGGACAGAAGAGAGCACUUAUUGGCGUAUUUGCAGUAGGUGGACUUGUUUGUACGGUCUCUGUUGUCAGACUCCAGUCUCUGAUAGCAAUAUCUACCUCCGAUGACCCCACUUUCGAUAGCCCAGCUGCGGCUGCGCUUAUGGCUGUAGAAGCUAACUUUGGCAUUGUUGCUGCAAGCCUACCUCUCAUGAGGCCGCUAUUGGUGCUCAUGAUGCCCAGAGCGUUCCCCAAGAAUGAACCUCAAGGCCCAGUACUACGCCUUCCUGACGAAGAGCGACCAAAACACGUUCGGUCACAUUCUGCCAGUACACGACCUUCCACGGCUGCAUCAUCUCAUUACAGUCAUCGCCGUACGAAGAGUGAAACCAGCGCGAGCGAGCUAUCGGUCCUUUCCACGCCUCAAUCGACAAUGGCGAAGCCUGGAUCAAGGAUGCCUAUGCCUACUCGGCAAGGAACAAUUACCUCGAUUAGGCAACCGCCCAUGGUUGUUCCUUAUUUACCACGAGUUCCUGAAAACAUUGCAUUGCUCAGUCCAAUCCAAUUGAGCAAUGACCCAAAUCGAUACUCUUUAAAGAUAUCGAGUCCAACGUUUGGAAGACAACGGCCUAGGACACCUAAGACGCCAAAGACACCCAAGACGCCAAAAACACCACGCACGCCGGUUACGAAGCCCCUUCCUAUCACGCCUUUCCCUAUCCUCGCAGAAUGAUAGAUAUAAUGAUCGUAGUUCCAAAUCUCGUCACCGUCUGGCCGCCCAUCCUAGGGCCGGCCUCGAGGACGCUCCUUCUGGGUUGAUGACAUAACCCAUAUAUACAUCUCGCCGACUGGUUGUGUUCCCAAUCUCAAACAUAUGUUCAUUGUUUCGGUCUCCCCAGCUG